ACGUGUAGGGCUCCCUGGUGUGCAUCAUGCUAAAUCAAAAUGAUGGUUCCACGCUCACCGGUGCACCCACGGGCAUGUCUUGUAUCAACUCCACUCCAGUGACUCAGUGAGCAUGAAAAGCGUCUGUAAAGCACCCUUUCUUUCUUUUGAAUUCAACAUCACGGAGUCGUGAGAGAAGGUGCGCAGCAGAUUUCAGUUCCCAGGCAGUUGUCUACAAAUCAGCACAUAAUAAUUUGAUCGUGGUAGAAUUUUCUCAGUCCCUCACGAUGGCUUGAGUGCUUUCCUGUACCGUUGGACGAUAUGGGAAGAAAGUGCGAUUCCUGCGGGGAUCGUCUCGUUGAUGGAGGCGCAGCAACGUGCAGCAGGUGUACAACGCAGCACCAGCGCGAAACAGGAAAUACCAUUGCUGAUCAAGGCGAGCGAUCAGCCGGUGCUGGUGUGCCAGGCCCCAGUGCGGCUAUGAGUAGUCCUGGUAGUGCGUCCGACCGACAGCCUCUACUGCCACAUCCUGAACACACUAUGCAGCAGCAACAGCAGCAGCAGCAGCAGGAACUACAGCAGCAAGCUCAACCUGUGCAUAGUCCUGCUCAGCAACCAUCACAGCAGCAGCUAGAUGCACUGCGGGGCCUGGAGCAUAUGCGCGGCAUGCUGCAGCAGCAGCAGCAGCAGUUGCCACAACAUCUGCAGCAGCAGGCAAGGUUUGGUACAGCACAAGAGCAGCAGCAGCAAGCUCAGCAUUACUAUGCCAUGCAGCAGCAGCAGCACUACCACCACCAGCAGCAGCAGCAGCACCACCACCAGCAGCAGCAGCAGCACCGCCAACACCAGGACCCCCACAUGAGAACGGACCAGUACGGGACACAGCCGCACAGCUAUGGUCCACCGGCUAUUCAUCAGCCAGUCCACAAUAUGUACCAGCAGCAGCAGCAGCCACGGCAUGCACAACCGCACGGUGGUUAUCCCAGCCGCGUGCAGCCAUAUCCACAGAACCGGGGACAGCACCAUCGCCACACCGAUCACAGGCAGCACGUAGAGAAUACACAUCGGCAUGGCUCUGUCCACCACAACCAACAGCAACAGCAGCAGCAGCAGCAGCAGCAGCAAUAUCCGCAGCUUGAUGAGCAGCAUCUUCGUGGCGAUCAGGAUCGACAGCUUCCGCAAGGCCAACAGCAACACCAGCGCGACCAUCAGCAGCAGCAGCAUCACCAGCAGCAGCAGCAGCAGCAGCAGCAGCAGCAGCAGCAGCAGCAGCAGGGGGAGCAUGGGCAGCAACGUACGCAGGCACUGCAAGAGCAACAGCACAGUGGUACAUAUUCAGAUAGUAUGCCGCCGUCGCCGCGGUCAGACGCUGGCGCACCGCCCGACUCCGCAUCUGCUAUUGAUGUCGGUGUUCGCUCGAUACGCAUAGCUGCGAACUUCCCUGCUGCGCCCAGAUCUCCAGGGGCGACCGGCACGUCAUCCUUGACCGGACAAGACAAGCAUGGAACACCUCACGGCAGUGGUAUGCAUACUGAUGGUGCCAAGAGCGCAGCGCAGGGCGUCACCCCUGUUCUGGCCCGUGGCUCGGAUUCUCCAGAUCUUGAGCUGUACCACGGUGCGAGCGAACCCAACCUGCUUAACUCGACGCCAGUGCGACCUCUCGGGUCGUCGGACACUGCGCCCCUGGAGCAGCUAUACAUCGCAGUGGGCAGUCCCGGAGACCCUGCAGCCUACACAGCUCAGUAUGGCCAUCCAACGUCUCAACACAGCUCGCUUCCCUCCUUUUCAGGUCACCGUCAACCCCAGCCGCAACAGCAGCAGCAUCAGCAACAGCAGCAAGCCAACCAACAGGAACGAGCGCCAAGUAACCUUCAGAGCAGCCCUGCUGCUAAUCAGAGUAGCGGAGAUGACUUCUUGGAUAUUCUACAAGAGGAGCUGGAACGAAUCCAGCAGAAUAAGAGCAAGUUCAUAAGCUUAAUUGCGCAAACUUUCGAUUCGAAGAAACGUAGGUUUUACAUUACACAACUCAACUCACUGCGUGCUAGGGAAGAUAAAGUCAUGGCAGAUAUGCUGGGUGAAGGUGAGCAGAUUCCCGAGUUAGAGGAUAUGCCUGCUAUGCAUGGGUCCGAGGCUGUAUCCUAUCCGGCCGGCGGCUAUGAACGAGGUGAGAGCCUACAGCAUCGUGACCCCGGUCAUCAGCAGACGCUUGCCGGCAACGCAGCAUUGGAAACGAACGCUCGGCAAGCUGGCACUGUACACCCUGCGCCGUUUGCACCCGGUUGUCCUGCCACCACUGAUCAGACGGAGCCGAUGGUAACCUUAGGUGCCAGGGCGCCACGUACGAUGCCGAACACUAUGCGCACAGUGUCUGACAUCGAGUCUGGUAUGGUGACCUCAGGUGGAGCGGUUGACACCGAAGCACCCAUGGAUGUGGACGUAUCUGAAGGUCCCGGCCAGCUAGCUGAUGCCGGCAAGACGCCUGGUGCAGCUGGUGAUGAUGUCCGCGAGGAUCCUCAGCUCACCACUGGCACGCCAUCGCGUGGAAUGCAAGAUAAUGUCGGGGACAUGGACCGCAGCAACGUCACCAGUGUGCAGCAGGGCCCACCCGCGGAUGGGGAUCGUUCUGGAAUGCCGAUUGUGGCCGGAGUGGAGUCUGAUUUGACCGGCAGCUCGGGCAGUUCGUCUCUGCCGGCCACUCCGAGUAGUGCAGCGGGGAACGCAGCUUCAGCACCUGCUGCUGGUGUGCCUGAGAGUCAAGCCCACACAGACGAUGAAGGUGCGAAGGCGGGCGAUAUGAGCGUUCGUGUUGACCAAGUCGCAGGUUCAGCCAAUGUCACGCAGGAGGCGCAACCUAUCCAGCCGGAGGAUGGCCAGGCGGAUCGCAGAGUGAGCAGCAGCGCAUCGCAGGGUAGCGCACACGUUGCCAGAAUCAGCGCACGCAACGCACUGGCCGGGUCGGCAAGUGGGCCCAGCAACGACGAGCGAAUGGACCAAGACCGUGAUCAGCUCGGUACUGGUGUUCAAAACACAGAGCAUGGUGGUCCGGAUGACCAGUCGGGCACGAAUACAGAAAUCCAGCGUCUCAACACGGAGUAUGCUGAUGUUGGCAAUGAGGAUGGAACUAGGGAAGAAGGCGUUGAUGGUGACGGCCCUGAGUGUAGUGAAGGCAGCGUUGACAACGAGAAUGACGGCAGUGAUGACGCUUCGGAGUAUUUCGAGUGCAACGAUGAUCCGAAUGCAGUCAACGCUGAUAGCGAGCGCUCACCAAACCCUGACCAGGGUGAGUCUGGCGCCCCGCUAUCGCCCGAGGAGCAGCGGGCACGUAAGAAAAAGGAGCUGAACUACCGCAACAAGCAGAAGAAGAAGCAGAGCAAAGGUACCAAGUCGUCCGAGCCGGCCGCAAAGCGACGCCUUGACUCGCCACACGGCACAGUCGGCACAUCAGCCGAGGGAAGCGCCACAUCCGAUCCAGUCGCUGAAGAGCCGAAGACCUUAUUGGAGCAGGCGGCAGAGCCGCGCCAAGCACCUCUCUCGGACCCAGAGAGCAAUGCUGGCGUGGACGAUGCAGAGGAGGAUGUUAAUGGACAGGCAGCCGGUGGGAAGAAGUACAACUUGCGGAGGCAGCGGGCCGGAGCUGCUGACCAGACCAAGUCGUACGCGAACGCUGCCGCUUCCUCGGCCGCUCCUGGAGCUAGUGCUGAUGCCACAGCUGGGCCAGCUGAUCAGAUGGAGGGAGGUACAUACUAUCAGAAGGGUGCCGAGGCCAACUUUGUCGAUCCAACCACCAAGAAAGGCCAGAAAAAGAACAGGCAGCAGUCUCAGCAGCCGCAGCCGGAGCUGAACCGUAACCUGAGUCCUGCACUUCCUCUGCCAGAGCAGAAGCAUGAUGGUGUGUUAGUGACGAUUCGUGCACUGCUAUCUCCUGAGUGGAAGCGUUCUCAUGGAGACUUUCUGGCUGUCGUGAGCAGCAUCGACGGCUGGAAGAAUAUCGUGGGUUUCGUGAGGGAGGUUGGGAAGUGUGGACCAGACAACCUGUACACCAAGUGUGAGACCCAAAUGGAUGUUCCGGUUGCUGCAAGCGGAAAGUUUGUUUCAUACAAGUUCCUCAAAAUUCACCCCGGAAGAACACCAGCGCAUGAAUAUGAAGACUUGGGGCGCUCUUACAUUGGUGGCAAUGUGAACCGGCGCAUGGACAUACCUGCCGAACAACAGUACAAAGGCGGGAACUUCAUCAAAUACGACAAUGUCAUCCGUCCCGAGUCCUCUGGUGGUAUCCUCAACUCACUGAAGAGUGGCUUAAAGAGCUUCCUCCGAAGCUCUUCCUUGCCUGUUGUCGAGCGGCAGCUGUCUGUGGAAGAGCUGCUGCCCCCAUUAGACUUCAGCAACAGGGACACGUUAUUCUCGCAGAGAGAUGAAAUUCACCAGGUGAUCCACCAACUAGGUCACGCCCAGGUGAUAGAUAUCGGUCAUCAUGCUCAGAACACCCACAAUGUUGACAUUGGAAGGGUUCCCGUCAAUCAGAUGAUCGUGGAGAAGUAUUUUCUGCCAGGUUUGGAGCGGCUGAUGUCAACGGAGCUGGAAAUGAAACGCGAAGAUCGUUUAUUGGCUGGCAUCUUUAUGUGUAUGAUCAUGAAGAAGCUCGGACUAACCUUGAAUGACACAAGCUUGACGCAACUCUUGGGUCUACUAAAACUGGAUGUCGAUGAUCAGCGUCGCGAGUGUCCGCAGUUACACGCCUUCGAAGAUCUUUCCGAUCGGGAACGCUCGGAUAUGGCCUCCUGUGUACUGUAUGUGGUGAACUUGGCACGCGACGCCCACAAGCGGUCUCCCACUCCCUACUGGCAGUUCUUGUUUGUGCUGCCGCUGGUGCACAUUCUCCAGGGCAAGAUAAAGGCGUUUGCGGUCAAGGUCGAUAAGGGUGCGACCUCGGCUGGUCAGGACGGCUGGUGGGCUCUCUCUGGUCUCAAUGGCACUAUUCGCCAUUUUGAUGACAAAACUCUGGAGGAAGUUGCCACACAGCUUGGACCGUUCAUUGCUGUUGACAUACUGUUGAUACGAGUGAUCCUCUACAUGUCCGGUCGUGAAGAAAUCCUGCGGGCUGCCGCUUUGUUAAAGCCCACCCCGGGUAAUCUUCUUCAUGCACUGUUUUUGAUGGUGGACCGGUUAACGUCAGUUGAUGUCAAGCAGAUGCAGUUGAUUUGUGGCGCGGCAGAUCUUGCUAUCCAGCUGGUUGAUUCAUGGCUAGACAAGCCAACGAUGCGCGAGAGCGCCCAGCUCCGGUUAGGAGUGGUCAGGGGUGCCGUUAAGAAUGGAGUCCGCCUGUUGGCAUUUCUCGAUCGUGUGACUAUCUACCAAAGCUGCAAGCCAGACGCUCAGCACUGCCUCACGAAUUUGCUCACCAUGAUAUUCAAUUUGAUUUGUCAGCUUCACCAGUUCCAGUUGCUGGCCAAGGCCGAGGCCAGCAGUGCCAGCACGGAAGCCGAGGACAAGGAGCAGAAGACUGCUGCUGAGUCUGCAAUGGAUGAAGGAGCUGAGAAGACGCCAGCGGAAGAUCUGGAGGGCACCGUUAAUGAGGAGCUCCGCAAGACCUUUCAUGACGUUGUGCAGAAAGCCCUGAAGUUUGCACAGGCAACGCUGGAAUCUUCUUAUCAAUUUCAAGACAAAGACGCGGUAUUCCAUUCAGAGGUCUCGUUCUGGAGCAGACUUGCGGCCAUUGACGGUCUUGAGAAGAUUGGACUUGCAGGAAUCUGGACCGACAGGAUCGUUGACCGACUCAAGGAUCGUCUUAAAUUGAUGCGUCCGAAACCUUGCCUCGAGCGUCUUUGCAGCGUGAAGCUUGAAGAUUUCCACGUUGUCAUUUCCGCCACCCUGUCCAGGGCGAUCACCAACUCUCUCGACACUCUCAUCAAGUCUGGCGAGGCCGGUCGUGCCGAGUUCGAGAAAUUGCAUAGCCAGCGUCAUGGCAUGAGUCUGCUGAGUCGCCUGCUGUGUGACUACGUCAGCAAGAAGGUGAACACUAGCAGGGCCGACCCGGAGUACGCCAUGCUGGAGAAUGUCCUCACCUGGAACUGCUGGCCAUCGUACAUUCGCAACUUCUGGCGGCCAACCAGCCGUGGCCAGGGCCCCAACCCGAUCGCCAUGCUGCAGGACGAAGCGCGCAUCGUCCUGCAGCGGGGCAUGAGCGCGCUGGAGACACUUCUUGAGCGCUUCAACACCGGCGGCAUCUCCGUCGAGCACGUGCGUCUGGCCAAUGAGCACCAGAAGCAGCUGAUCAGUAUCUGCGAGGAGAUCGACAGUGCGUAUCGCAAGGAGGACGCCAAGUCGCAGCUGGCUCAUCACGCCCAGCAGGUUGCCGCUCAGCUGCGGGACUCUGUGAAGCAGAUCGAGGUGAUCGAGGCCAAGCGCCACCACCUCGAGGUGCUGUUCUCGCUCUGUACCCGCAACGACGUAGACAUUGACGUGAAGGAUGGAAACGACCUGAAAGUCGCUGUGCGGUCGACGAUCGUCAAGCGUCUGGUGUGCGACCUGCAGCGUCUGUUCAACUACAGCGCCGACGUUGGCGAAAUGCUGCCGCCGCUUGUCAUCGCCUACAAGCACCCGCUCUUUGUGCAGCUGUGCGUGGACCAGUGCAAGGUGCUGCGAGAGCGAGCACGCGAGGCUGACUCGCUCACCACCAGGCCACGGCUGUGCCUCACGUUAGACCAGAUUGUCCAUCAGCUGUACAAGCCGGUCAUUCAGCAGUGGUCGUCGAUCUUCUGCGAGACGCACGCCAGCACGAUUCGCCUGCGUGUCGUGGAGCGCUGCUUCAGGACGGGCGACGCGGCAGCAGCGCUGCAGUGCAUGGCCGAGUCCUGUCUGAAAGCGGGCCUGGCGUCGGUGGACAUAUGCAGCAACCAACGCUGGAUAGCGCAGCGAGCGACCAAGAUUGCACACUACUUCGAGCUGUUGCGUGUGAGCAAGGCUGCCAGCAGCAUUCUGGCUAUCUGUGAGAAUCUCAAGCUGACUGGUGACUUUUCUCUUAUGCUCUUCAUCCGGGACCAGACAUCGGAGGAGUUCAAGAACAGUCCCCUUGACGCUCUAACAGAUGAUGUGCUGCAAGCCAGCGAGUUUUUGCUGAAGCUGAAGGACUUGCAAAUGGUGUGCCUCGAUCACUUUUCCAAGUGCAGUACGCUGGUGGAGUGGCUUCGCAAGGAGGUGAAAGAGCUGAAGGAACUGAAGACGUUCGUUGACUUGGCAACCAUCGCCACGAGCGAGGGCGGCGCAAUGGACGUGGACCGCAUCUCUUGCCUGCACACGGCGUGCAUGGGCUACGCCGGUCUUAUCUACCUUCAGCCCGGCGAAACUGGCUUCAGAGAGUUCAUGGAGGCUUGCCUGCCCACAUUCCGGGCACUGGAAGGUGACGAGAAUCUGCCCAGAAAACUGCUGGACACUCAGCGAAACUUGGAGUGGCUGAAGAGUGUGCGCCAGAGCCACGAAUCCGUCCAGGUGGCUGAUGCCAUUAACAGCCGCGGUAUCUACACCAUUCGGGUGCCCGCUUUUCGGACAGGAGAACUUCCGACGCUGGAAACGUGCGUGACACUUCGCAUUCCGCCCGAAGAGGGCAGGGAGUCCGUGCACGACAACAAGACGUAUCAGGUGGAGAAUAUCAAGGACCUGCACAGCAAGCUGGUUCUGGUGGCUGCCAACGCAGCCAACAAGAAGGGAUCCGCCAACGUUGUCCGUGACUUCAUGGAGGUGUUUGAGGGAGUUUGCCGUGUGGGUCAAGUUCUAGUUCAGCACUGUUCCAUGGGCAGCACCAAGUAUCUGAAUUGGCACAAGGAGUACGACUGCGCCGGUGAGGUUUCCGAUGAGAACGCCUGCCAGCGCGUGAUCACAGACCUUGUCCUGGACGCAGAUACGCUUGAAAACGACCUGCGCGACUGGCAAAGCGAAGUGCGCCGCUGCCGCCACCAGUUCCACCAGUUGAACUUCUUCACCAUGCGUCAGCUCAUCACCCUCAGACAUGAGCUGCGGGCUCUGACUAUGCUGAGGACAGCGGCAGCACCCACGCACAUACAGUACCAAGUGUUCGCCUUGCUCGAUGCCAUCAAGCCCGGAGUGAUGGCCGAGGACAUCCGCCGCGCCGUCAACAGCGGCCUGUCCUCGCCGAAGACGAUCCAGAGCAUCCGCGAAACUGCGCCGUGCUUCCAGGGCACCAGAACGACGACGUUGCCGUCGACAACCAGGCCGAAGACAAUGCUUUCCGGUAUGGCGUCGCGCCCGUCCAUGAUGGUGCACAGCAGCGAUAGCGAAGGCGACGGGGACGACAGUGACGAUGACGGAUCCCCGUUGGCCCUGGUGAAGCGCCGCGGCUUCACCGACCGCGUAGCUAGAAUCGCUCUUCGUUGCCAAGGUAACGAUGUCGACAAGGCAGCCAACUGGGCCGCAAGGCACGGCAGCAACGAGCGCAAGCUGGAGAAGAUGGAGGAGGCGUUCAAGAGUGAUUCGGAGGGCGACGGUGCAGCUGGUGAUGAAGCGGGCACACCGAUGGACAUGGGUGGGUCGCUGAAUGCCAACUCUUCCGUAUUCACUCCUACCGGUGCCGGUGGUUCGUUGACGUCCAGUUCCUCCUCUUCAUCAGCAGCACCUCGUUACCUGACGUUGUCGCAGCUUGGGCACAUCUUGUACAGCCUCAGCUGCCAGGUGCGACCGGCGUCAGCGCCUCGCUCUAUCCCGCAGAACGUCAUUGCGCUGGGCAGGCCCAAUAUGAUAGUCGUGUCACAGGCGGACAUGUACGGCACCGUUCUGGACCUCUAUCGUCACGACACCACCCGCCCGCUGCCGACUGCCUCCGAGGUGCUCGUCUGCAGCUCCAAUACCACGACCGAGGAAGUCAUCUUGCUCUGGCGACGUGCCAUCUUCUCCCGGCAGCUCUUCUGCCUGGUGAACGCCGAUCAGUUGGACUACUCCGUCAGCUCCGAGGCAGUCGAGGAGCUGCGACAGCUGCUGGACUUUGCCAAGAAGGAAUCGUGCACGCAGUUCGCCCUCGCCAUCAUCUGCUGCCGCGAGAAUGAGGAGCACACGUGGAUCAUGUCUGCGCUGGAGGAGUACCGCACCACAGCCCCGCCGUGCGACCACGUAAACCUGCGCGGCUACUUGCUGACGCAGUUCUGUCGCAUGGCGGUUCCCUCGGCGGCCACAGCGGCAGCCUCUCCCAUGGCAUCGUUCUCGGCGGCGUUAAACGCCAAGCCGGCUGCUGUCGUGGACACGGACAAGUCGUGUGUGCGCGUGAUCGCCUCGAAGCGUGCCGGCGUCGGCAAGUCUCUCUUUGCCAAGCGCAUGGAGGAGCAGCUGGAGAGCCAGCUCGGCUUGAGCGCUCAUCGUCCAGGGCUAGCUCAGCAUCAGCACCGGUUUAUGGCGCCAUCGCACCAGACCCCUCAGCGUCCAUGCUUGCUAAACAGCAUCCCCUUGCAGGGCAACGCCGUCAACGUCUCUGCCGUCAUGGACCUGCUGUUGAAGUUCGCCCCGGACGCACAGCAGCAGCAAGCGGCGGCGCCUUGCAUCUUCCACGUGGACGUGUCACCAACCAUCCGCACCGGCCUCGAUACGUUCCUCUUCAACCUGCUGGUGCUCGGUUGCCUUGGCGAUCGCGUGGGUCGCUUGUGGCGUCGCUCAGCCACCGACCUGUACGUGGUGGAGGUGACGUGCGACGAGGUGGUGUUCUCGGCGCUCUGCAAGGCCACCGGCUUCAUGGCCAACAUAGAGAACGUGCCCCUGGCGGCCAUUCCGCACAAUGCCUGCCUGCCACUGUACACGCUCUUGCCCGCCUUCCUGUGCGGCUCUCCUGUGGACGCGCUCAACUCCGGGCUGUUCAUGCAGCGCCGACAAACCCAGCCCGCGGCCGUGGGGCAGCAGCUGGUGCCGCACUUGGAUGCCGGCGAGUUCUCCUCGAGCCGCUUCCAGCGUGUCUUCGGCUACCUGCGUCACCACGAGCAGGGCCAUUCGCUGGACCGCUACUCAUUCAUCGCUAGCCAGCACACGGGUGCUAGCGACCACCUGUCCUGUCUCAAGCUGCUGCUCAAGUACUGCGGCACGCUCGACCCGUCCUGGCUGGUGCUGCGGCACUUCGUGCACUUCCUUGACGCGCAGCUAGCGGAUUGCGAGCACAGCGUCUUCUGCAACACGGCGGCGGUCGGUGACGAGCUUAACGGAUUCCGCGCGUUUGUCGUGCGCUUCAUGCUGCGCAUGUCCGUCGACUUUGCUACUCCGUCGCUGGAGGUGGACUCCGGCAUGCAGGACACCGAGGAAGAAGAGGCUGGCGGCGGCGGCGAAGGUGACAUGACUGUGAUCCGCCGUCGCUGGGAGCAGAGCCCUCACCCGUACCUGUUCUUCAACGACGACCACAUCAGCAUGACGUUCGUCGGCUUCAACGUGGAGAAGAACGGCAGCCUGGUGGACCAGGCGGGCACGGUGCUCGAGGAGGACAUCAUGUCACGACAACUGCAUGCCGGCCUACGAGCUCAGCGCGUGGACCUGCAGGAGAACUUUGAGAACUGGGAUCGUGAGAAGCGGCUCCAGUGCCUGGCCAAGGUGCUCGGCUGCCGGGCAUUCGGCCAGGACGUGGCCCACGAAGUGGACGAGACCUACGAACUGACGCUGGACAAUGUCAAGAAGAUCCUGGCCAUUCAGAUGCGCUUCCGCUGCAACAUCCCAGUCAUAGUGAUGGGCGAGACGGGCUGCGGCAAGACGCGCCUCAUCCGCUUCAUGUGCGAGCUGCAGGCGAGCGGCGCAAAGCUCCAACACAACCUGGACGUGCAGAACAUGCUGAUCAUGAAGAUCCACGGCGGCACGACGGAGGAGCACGUACGCAAGGCCGUGGAACACGCCGAGGAGCUGGCGCAGUACAACGCUGAACAGUACCAGAUCGACACGGUCCUGUUCUUCGACGAGGCGAACACCAGCGACGCACUGGGCAUGAUCAAGGAGGUCAUGUGCGAUCGGCGCGUCCACGGUCAGGCGAUCAACGCCGCGUCACGUCUGCAGUUCAUCGCCGCCUGUAACCCGUAUCGCCGCCACACCCGGGAGAUGAUCCAGCGGCUGGAGGAGGCCGGUCUCGGCUAUCACGUCCGUGCCACGGAGACCGUGGACAAACUGGGCCGUAUUCCGCUGCGACAGCUUGUGUACCGUGUGCAUCCGUUGCCAGGCAGCAUGUCCCCGCUGGUCUGGGACUUUGGGCAGCUGAACACGGACAUCGAGCAGCUGUACGUGCGACAGAUCGUCCGCCGCUACAUCAAAAACGAGCCGGACUUCUGGGACGAGGCCCGCUUCGGUGUCCAGACGGGGCAGACCGCCGAGCACCCGCUGGUCGCUCCCAUCACGGCUGUGCUGGCAGCGGCGCAACGCUUCAUGCGCGAACAGCGGGACGAGUGCAGCUUUGUCAGCCUGCGCGACGUGGAGCGUGCCAUGAUGGUGUUCAAGUGGUUCUACUGGCUUUGCGGCGAGGUGCUCGACGAGCUGAUGCGUGGCAAAGAGGACGAGCUCUAUCGUACUGUGAACAUAGAGACGGGCGAAAAGGAAGAUCUAAAUCGACCGCCGCCACUAACACGUGUCACCCGUUCCUUAGUCCUAUCACUGGGUGUGUGCUAUCAAGCAAGGCUGCGAGACCGAGUACCAUUCCGUGACUCAGUAGCACGUGCAUUCUCUUCACCGUGUGACCUCACUGGCGCGGGACAACAGCUUGAGGAGGAGAUUGAUAGGUGUCAGGAGGUGUUCCUGGAUCAGCUACAGCUUGGUCCCAACAUCGCCAAGAACAAGGCGCUGCGCGAGAACGUGUUCAUGAUGGUGGUGUGCAUCGACACACGCAUCCCGCUCUUCCUGGUCGGUAAACCGGGCAGCUCCAAGUCGCUGGCCAAGACCGAAGUGGCGGAUGUCAUGCAGGGAGAUAGCUCGCAAUCACCGCUAUUCCGGUGUUUGAAGCAGGUGCACAUGGUAUCAUACCAGUGCAGUCCAUUGAGCACACCGAGUGGUAUCGUCGGCACCUUCAACCAGUGCCAGAACUUCCAGAAAGACAAGAACAAGGAGCGCUUUGUGGCCGUCGUCGUACUCGACGAGGUCGGACUGGCCGAGGACUCGCCCCGCUUGCCUCUCAAGGCCUUGCAUCCCUUGCUGGAAGAUGGCACGGGCGGUGGAGAUGAUGAGAGCCGUACUAACCAGGGCAUUGUGCCAAUCAAGGAGCGCGUCGCCUUUGUAGGCAUCUCUAACUGGGCGCUGGAUCCCGCCAAGAUGAAUCGAGGUAUCAUGGUGUCUCGCGGAGAGCCAGACGACACAGAGCUGGAGAGCACCGCCAGAGACAUCUGUGCCACAGACAGGACAGUGCAACAACACAUCAGCCCGAUCAUCAACCCGCUGGCGAAGGCGUAUCGCGAAGUCUACAAGAGCCAAGAUCGUGAAUUUUUCGGCCUGCGUGACUUCUACAGCCUGGUGAAAAUGGUCUACAGCUACUCAUCUGCAGCCAAUCGCUCUCCAACCUGGUCUGAAGUAGAACGGGCUGUCCGUCGCAACUUUGGCGGUCUGGACGUCGAAGACCCAGUCAAGACCUUCAGGGAUCUCCUGGGCAAGACUAGCGACGAAGCGAGUUCCGCCGAGGACUGCUCGACCAUCAGCCUGAUCCAUGCCAGUCUUCAGCGCACGGACUCGAAACACUACCACGGCGACACUCGGUACCUUCUCGUGCUGUCGGAGAACUGCGAUGCAGCGCUGGAGAUCCUGCAAGAGAGCGUUCUGGACAACAAAGCCGUUGUGAUCUUCGGCAGCAGCUUCCCCAAAGACCAAGAAUACACACAGGUAUGCCGUGACAUCAACCGUAUCAAGGUUUGCAUGGAGACCGGCCAGACAGUGGUGCUGUUGAACCUGGAGAACCUGUACGAGAGUCUGUACGACGCGCUCAACCAGUCCUUUGUCAACCUGGGCGGCGAGAAAUACGUCGAUCUCGGGCUGGGCACCCAUCGCGUCAAGUGCCGCGUCGACUCCAACUUCAGACUGAUUGUGAUUGCCAAGAAGCGUGACGUGCAGGAACGCUUCCCCAUACCGCUUAUUAAUCGCCUGGAGAAGCACUUCCUGGCACUGAGCACGGUCCUAUCCGAACAGCAAGCUCAACUAGCGCACCAGCUACAGAACUGGGUACAGCAGUUUGCUGAGGUCAAGGCCCGCAGCAAACAGCGCACAUUUGCCAAGGGCGACGCGUUCAUUGGUUACCACGACGACACGGCCGCCGCUCUCAUCCUGCACGCCUGCCAGGACCAGCAGGUCGGCGGCGUCGUGCAGUCCGCCGCUGCCAUGGCGACGGGCGACGCGGACUGGGAGCAGAACGUGCUGCGCCGCGCCAAGUUCCUGCUGAUGGAGAUGUGCCCACCCGAUGCGGUUGCUCGCCUCUCGCACACGGCCCUCACGCGCGAGGCCAGCGACUGCUGGAAGAUCUACUUUGAGCGGCAGCGGCACAGCAGCCUGGACGAGUGCCUGCACGUGCAGCUGUCGCGAUGGCGCCGCACCGAGAAGAGCGCCUGCGGCUUGUCGCUGCAGGUCACCACGCACUCGCGACUCCUGUCGCAGGUGGACGCAGAGCAGAUUGGCGCGCAGCUGCGUCUGCCCGGCGGUGCCGUGCGUUGUCUGCUACUGCAGCAGUUCCACACCGAGCAGCAGUUCUGCAGAGAGGUGUCCAGCUUCCUCUCCAACCGAGACUUGCUUGCGGACAACGGAGACGAGCAGCACAUGCUUGUCAAUGCUACAGCAGCAGCAGCGGCAGCCGCGUCACGCGUUCUCAUCAUUCAAUGCGACGACGGUGACCAGCACUCCGACCUGCUGGCGUGCGCACGCCAUCGCCUGCAGGAGGAACGCGAGAAGGCCCGAAGCGCGUACGCGCAGGCGGGCUGCGUCCAGGACAUCCGCCUGCACGUCAUCUUCAUCGUGCGCCUGCCACGCAAGGCAGGUGGCUGCUUCGAGGGAGCUCAGGGUGGCAUGUGGCGAUCAGUGCACAUCGACGAGCUUCGGCCAUCGGCCUCCAAGGAGACACCGAAAGUGACAGCGCUGGUGGGUCAAAGUGUCAGCGAGCUCUUCUCUACGAGUAUCGGACACAUAUUUGGAUUCACAAACACUGCCGCUCCAGUCAAUGAGAACGAACUUCAGGGAGGCGUUCCCGAGGAGCCCAUGGAUACGGGUGUGGCUGUAGUGGGUGAUAACGAGGAGGCCCUGCGAAUGCAGGUUGCCGCUCUAGGUGUGGGCGACGUUGCUAUGGAUACUGGUGAUCAGCGGCUUGCUGGCCAGGCACUCGCUAUUGCCACGACGACAGCUGCUACUGGUGGUGAUGCUGACGGCCCCGGUGAGUCCGUACUGUCACCUGCCGAUCUACUCUCAUCCUGCAUACAGGACGCUGUGUCGCGGCUCGACGACAUUCACGGCACGUUCACGGUGGUGGAGUCGCGCAUUCGCAAUCGCAUUCUCCACUUCCAGCAGCUGCUCAAGUCCAGCGAGAGCGACGCCGUGGGCCGUCGGUUCCUGGAGCUGCUCUGCCGCAAUAUCCUGGCCAUACUGCGAGUGCGCGACGACCAGCAACAGUACCUCUUCAAUCGCAAGUCAGUCGAGUGGGUGCAGGACGAGGCGUUGUCCGAUCUUAGCCUGCAGGCCGGCGGUACGUUUCAGCGUGCCCUCUGGCUCAAACUGCAGAACAUCUUCUCUCCCAUCCUGGCCGAGGCCAUAGCCAGUCUGGACUGCAGCAACAACCUGGACCUGUUGGAAGCGUCACAGCCCGCCUGGCUGCGUCACCUCUGGCUGGAGCUGUUCAGCGACCCGGAGAUCUUCAAGCUGGACAAGAAGGCGGGGGCCACGCCACGGGAUCGCGUGCCCGUUCGCGCGCACGGGACUCAUGACACGGUGUUCAAGUGCCGGCUGCCGUUCUCGUGGCGCGUCAAGGCUCUCGUUGAUGUGCUGCUGCCGCAGGCGCACAGCUCGAGCAGUGCCGCCCACGAGCCGGUUGUCGCGUGCCUUCGCGCCGCCCUCAUCUCUACGCGGCUCGGCAAGCUGCUGCAGGCGGUGUGCGAGGAGUACGGCGAGUGUGUGCGCUUCUACCUGUACGACUUUGUCCUGAUGACGUACAGCACGCAGCAGAGCGAUGACGUUCACGAGAUGCUGACCACGGCGUUGGUGACGGCGCAGCGCGAGCUGCAGAUUGCCGACGACGUACGGCCCGUGCUCGAUGUCGCGUCUGUCCACGUGGCUCACAGCGCCGUGCAAGCGCGUCUCCACUGCAUGCUGCAGCUGUUGUGCGCCGCGCCGGCCGAGGUGAAACGUCAUGUCAUGGCCAACACGGAAAUGGAUUCUCCCGAGCUGGUUGUUGACCUGCAGGUGCUGCACAGGGUACUGCAUGGCUUGGAACCGGGGCCGAAAACGUUCACUUCCGUGGACUCUUGCCGCCGCUGGUUGGACUCUGUGCGCAAGGUUACCUCUCCCAUCGACUCUCACCUGGCCGCACUGGAGCGGAGUGCUCGCGAUCGUGACUUUGGUCCCAGGGCCGUAGAGCUACUCAGCUUGACCAGGCCUCUGUGGUCACGUCUGAACGUUGUUCGUUUGUUCCUGGAGCAUAUCACACUGGUGUGCGACAAAGAGCCGUUCCUACGCCACGCCACCUAUCGCCUCUUCAACGUUCUGCACCCGUCCACGGAGUUCCACCGGCAGUCAUCCAUGGCCGAAGUUAUCUCCUUCCUGCGUGGUUGUGUUUCCGGCCGAUUCUACCUGGCAUCAUCUGAACUAUGUUCCUCCUGUCACAAGCCACCAGUCAACGCUGUGCGUUUGCCGUGUACGCACGUCAAAUGCUCCGAGUGUUUGAACGAUCUCUUCAAGAUUCAACUGUCCCAGCAAACGCGGCAACAGCACCCUGUCACCGUCCAGUGCAGCGAGUGCAAGGCCGGCGUGCCCAACCAGCUGCGACCGCAGAAAGUCGAUCUCGAUUUUGGUCAUGUACGUCAAGAGCACCAGCACCACUUCAAAGCUCAAUGUGAGAAAUUCUUCAUGGACCUCGUCUCAUCGCUAUGUUUCUCCAUCAACAGUGGUAACCUCUCGCAUGCUCCUGAAGACGAGCUGUUGGAGCUGCUCCUUGAAAUGGUCAGCGGGAAAAACUCUAUCCGUCACCCAACACCAUUUGCUGAGGAGGACGGCGGUGAUCAACCACCUGUCGUCCGAUCUUUCCUCCUACAGUUGCUUCUCCGACACAGCGAACACCAGGUGAACGACCAUAUUCGGCGUUACCUGGAAGCCGCUCAGGACAUUUCUGAAGACCCAGUGUACAAUGACGAUCUGUGCUGGUUGUUUGUGCAUUGUCUAGAGGAUGCACUGUACAGUCACUGUGCUGACAUGAAUGAGAAGCACGGAGAGCCCAAGGCCGUACAGAUGGUGAUCCAGUUCAUUGAUCGGGCACGCGUCACCCUGAACGACGUCAGCUGGAACCAGCAACCGGCCGCUAACGUCAGCGUCCUGGAAGCGGUGUCGGGAAUCCGCUUCGGAUUAUCCUACGCUGCUGAGCACAUCUGCCCGAUGAUCCGAAAACUAAUGUCACCCGGACAACAACAACAACAACAACUACAGCUACAGCAGCAGCAGCAGCAGCAGCAGCAGGCGGAAGACCGCGACAGUGCACACGCGGGUGUCCGCAAGCUGCGCAUCGCUGUCGACAACCUGAUCCACGCCGUCCAGGGACUGUGCAAUGACUGCGACGGCACGGCCAGCACCAUACGCAUUUUCCUCAUCAAGCAGAUCGUGCGGCGCAUCGGCCUGGAUACGUUCCGCGAGGCGAUGGACAACGACGCUACCAAGCCAGAGUUUGGCUGGAUCAUGCCCGACAAGCUGAGACCCGAGGCGGGAGAGGAGGCCGUGCCCGAUCGCUUCAUCGUCCACGGCGACGCGUACGUGAAGACACGUGAGGCCACCGCCGGUGUGGCUCUCAACACCGACAUAGCGCAGCUAACCACAGCCGUAACGUGUAGCUCUCCCGCGAAACGUAUCUACGCCGUCGAGCUGGUGCUCGCUCUCUACCGCGAGGUAACCAUGUGCCACGCCGAGUCUGAGGACAGCCAUCCGCAGCUUCCCAACGCCACGCAGAAACUACAUGAGUUCAUCCAGCAGACGGACCUGCUGAGCCGCGGCGGUAAGGAGCUGGCAGCGUUGCUCAUCGACAACACACAGGGUGCCGGCUUGCAAGCCAUGCGAGUGCAGCCAGCACAGAGCGGCAACGUACGCUCCGUGUCGGCCCUGGUCGUGCACUUCGUCACCGUCCUGCAGGAGUGCUCGCAGCGCAAUCGCGUCCUGGAGGUGUUCCACCGCCUGGCGUUCGACCCCACCGCUAUGCACGCCGCCUUCCUGCCCACAAUGCCCGAGGACCACCUGCAGGAGGCGCGAACCGCCAUCGGGGGAGCGUGGUACGAGUGCCCCAACGGCCACCCGUACCACAUCUCCGAGUGCGGCCAACCCAUGCAGGACUACACGUGUCCGGAUUGCGGGCAGCGUAUCGGCGGUGGUAAGCAUCGUCUCAUCAAUACCAACCGACAGGCACGCACCGGUGACGCCACACAGGCCGGUCACCUGCUGGGACAGGCACAGGGACGCAGCACGGCUGCGGUGCCCGAACGCGAGCUGGGCCCGGCCAUGACGGUGCUCACGCGCCUCCUCAUGCACCUGGCCCUGGUGUGGAGCGCGUCGUGCGGCAAUCCGCAGCAGCUGGCCUCGCUCGGCGAGAUGUGCAAGCCAGGAGUACCUGCACAGCGUGUGGCCGAGUUCUUCUGGGCACACCUGGACGUGGACAUCCGCUGCUUUGCGCAGGCCAUCGGCAAAGGACUCGAUCAGACGCUGCUGGCGCUGCACUUCUUCUGCGCGCAGAUCUGCAAAGAGUGCAAGUCGAACCAGGCUGGCAAUUUGGACUCGGCUCUCUCGUCGCGCAUUGCACGCGUAAACUGGGAGCGUGCCUUCCACCAAGACUUCCUGGCCGCCUUUCAGAAGGCCAUGGAGGAGGGCGUGCGCGACGGAAUGCAGCGGCUGACCGGUGACCAUCGCCUAGGUAACGAUAAGCUGAUGAAGUCCGUGUUCGAGGUGGACUCGGCCACGCCCGUACUGGAGGUGGCCGCGCACGAACGCCACCUGACGCCGCGUCUCUGGCGCUACCGCGUGCGUCCGAGCAUCGACGGCCUGGCCGUGCAGCUGGUGUCGCGCAAGGACAAGUUCCCGCUGCUGCACGCCUUCCUGGAACAUGAGCACCAGCUCAAGGCUCUGCAGCACCUGCCCGAGAUCGUACAGCUGCAGCGGCAACUCAUCGACCGCUUCAGCCGUCGCAUCAACCGCCAGUCGGCCAAGGAGAACACCAUCAAGACGUACAUAAAGGAGCUGGGCGAGGUAGAGCGAGAGCGCGCUAGAGAGAUGAUUGCGGCCUACGAAGACGCAUGGAUGCUGGUGCGUGAGCCACUGUAUAACCACGGUCGCUUGAAGCCGUCCGAGGAUUGUCGCUACGAUCACAUUCACCGGAAAUCGCCGCUCGAGUUCAUCCUGCCCACGACGGAGGGAUUUGGCCGCAACCCCACCGGACUGGUGGACUUCCUUGUGAUGACGCACAACGAGUUCAUCGAGCGCUGCGCCCACAUCCGCGGCGUUCCCGUGCGCGAGCUGCCGCGCGUGCUCCUCUCCGAGGCCACGCACGCCCAGCUGGUGUCUUACGACACCGGGCAGCACCUGAUGCCGCUGAUCCUGGCCCACUGUCACUACACGCUGGAGGCCGGUCAGGGCCUGGACGUGCAGUACGACUGGGCAGCGCUGGAGCGACAGCUCGAGCAGCGCUUCGUCAUCGGCCGCCCGCUGAUCGAGCCGCAGGAGGUGCGCCUGGUGUACAGCGAGGACGUGCACAACACCACGCAGAUGCAGGCGCUGCGCGGACGCAUUCCGCAGACCGAGCUGACGCGCUCCGUUCGUCAGCAGGUGGCCGCUGAACUGGUGGACGUCACGGAUGUCUGCACGGUUCUCAACGGCCUGGAGGUCUGCAUCGGCUUCCUGAUGGCGUCUGGCGGUGAGAGCAGCAUGCUACUGGCCACCUAUAUGGAGGACGUGCUCAAGAUGAACCCCGAGCACGCGCUGAUCAGCCGCAAGCUGCGUCGCGCCUGCCAGCUGCAUCACAUCCUGUCGGCGUGGCGACUGAUGAUGGUGCAGCGCACGCACAAGCUCCUAGAGCUCAAGCAGGACGCGUUUGAGCCGGUAAUGGUUAUCUUCACCAAGCCAAUGGAUGACGGAGAGCUACUGGACGAGCUCAACGAGUGGCUGAACAAGCCACAGCGCCGCACACAUCAGUGGCGUGACCUGUUUGUCGCCCAGCUGCUGGAGUUCAUCAUGAUUGAGCUGAGCGAGCGUCACGCCGAGCGUAACGUCAAGUGGGCCGACUACCCGCUGUGCGAUGCUCUGCUUGACACCGGCAUUGUGGUUGCCAUGGGAGACGGAGACGGCGACGGUGGUGCCGAGCAACUGGAGGGGUUCCCGGAGCUGAUCGAGUGUCGCCAUGCUGUGGCCGUGUGGCAGGUGUGCGCAGGAAUCGGCGGUGCGUCUGCUGCCGCUUCAAACUCCUCCGUGACUGGCGGUACGGGUGCUAACGCCAGGCGUAUGUUCUAAAUGUGACGACCACCUCUUCCGGGUCAACCGCCUCUCCUGGUCAACCGCCUCUCCGGGUCAACCGCCUCUCCCGGGCCAACCGCUUACGAUGAACGGUCUUGGGCUCGCAUGCUUUCUGCUGUAGGUGUUUGCUACUUCGAGUUCAGUGCGGUGUCGAGUGCCACGUUAGAACCUGCAACCAUACCUGAAAUAAUAAUGAUGUGUUUGUGUUGUAUGUGUCCGGAUGGGACGUCCGUAUCAUGUGAUAAUGUUUCUUGUACUAAAUUAACUCUGCAUUGACUGUACUGCAAUGUGGGAGAACCCGCAACCAUACCUGAAAUAAUAAUGAUGUGUUUGUGUUGUAUGUGUCCGGAUGGGACGUCCGUAUCAUGUGAUAAUGUUUCUUGUACUAAAUUAACUCUGCAUUGACUGCACUGACAAUGUUCCUUCAGUCAUGUAAUCUGCAGUCAUGUGACCUGCGGUGUGAUCAGUCACGUGACCUGCAGUGUGAUCAGUCAUGUGACCUGCAGGGUGACCAGUCACGUGACCUGCAGUCAUGAAACCUGCGACCCAUGUGAUCUGCAGUGACGUGACCUACCGGAUGUGUUGUAUUAUCAACAGUGCACGUUGCUUAUGAUCAUGUGGUGUGUGUGUGUGUUAUUUGCCCAUAUAUGGCCAUGUGUAAAUAAUAGUAUUAUUGAAUUUAUUGUGCCAUGUUUUUAAUUUAUCUCAUCAUAUAUACCAUGAUGUAUGUCUGUGGCGCCGAACACAUCGCUGCACAAGCUUCCCUUUCAGCCGUGCUGCUGAUGAUGUUGGUGCUGCUGCUGCUUAGCAUUCAGUCAGUAGCCACAGACAAGCGGAGGACAUAGGACUCGUGACACGCAUGCGCCCACGCAUGCGUAUGCUUAAGCUGACUACCCGCGCUGAGUGCUGUAUGGUGUUGCUGCUGCCAUUGCUACUGCCACUGUUGCUGCCAGUGGUGGGUAGCAGUGGUGGCCGCUGUUGUUCACGAAGUAUGCAGAGUUGCUGCUGCUGCUACUGCAAUGAACCCAUCAUUCUGUCGGCGUGUAGGACUGGACUUCCGUCGCCGCUGUUGCUGCUGCUGCUGUGUGCGGAUGUGCAGUCAUCUCGCCACUCUGCCAUCUGCCCCUCCUUACUACCUUAGCACGCUGUCGGUGUUGAUGGCGUCUGGCGCUUCGCUGCAUAUCCUCGUUUACCUGGUCUGCUGUCGUUAUUUCUCUCCCCGUAUCAUGAAUGUGCAUCCCCAUCUGUUGUUGGCAUGUGUGCGUGUGUGUGUGUGUGUGUGUGUGUGUGUGUGUGUGUGUGUGUGUGUGUGUGUGUGUGUGUGUGUGUGUGUGUGUGUGUGUGUGUGUGUGUGUGUGUGUGUGUGUGUGUGUGUGUGUGUGUGUGUGUGUGUGUGUGUGUGUGUGUGUGUGUACCCGGUUUGUUAACGCAUGAUUUUACCCAUCUCGACUGGCUCGCGAUCAUUCCCUUACUGUUCGUGACUGCAUCGCACAGGACACCAUUGAAGUUCUGCUGCUAUUGCUGUCAGACAGCCAUGCAUUCCAUACUGCUUUUCCUAUCUCUUUCUCACUGCACACGUUUUACGGUCAUGCAUGUAUCACAUUUCUCGUGCCAAUUCUCGAUUAUGAAUAUGCAUGGCAUGUGCAAGAAAGUAGAAAUGUCACUUUGCAUUUGCAACGUUUUUUUUGCACAUUAGCUUUGCUGUUGCAUCUCCCCCUGGUUAGUCAUGAUCUGUCUGGCAGUCUUGCUGUUGCUCAAUUGCGUGUGUGCAUGUGCGCCUGCGUAAUCCAUGCCACUUCUAAUUCGUGCAUAGCUUGUGCCUUCCCCGUGGCGCUCUCACUUUUCUCGUUGCACCUCUAGUAGAUUCUCUGCACUCAUAAUUCACCGCUUUUACCAAGAGUACAUAACCACUGAUAAUGUACUCUUGCUUUUACUUGUGUACUCUUUUCAUUGUUCAUUUGUAAGGCUAUCUCUUUGAUAGUUGAGUGGCAUGGCAAACUAGAUUUCUGAUGUUGUUGGCAUUUUUUCUUCUUUUUUCUUUCUUUCCUUUUUCCUUAAAAAAACUAUUUUGAGUGCUGGUCACUGCAAAGAGUGGCGGUUUGAUUUGAUUUUCUAACAUGAAUUAUGAUGAACUGCACACGCUUUCCGACU